AUGGCAACCAAGAUCUCAACUUCUCCACUAACCAUGACCGGAACAGACCCGGAGACCCGAAGAAUAAGACCUCUGGCUGCGUCUGUUGUUAAUAGGAUUGCUGCUGGAGAGAUCAUUAUCGGGCCUUCGAACGCAUUGAAAGAACUUCUAGAGAAUGCAAUUGAUGCGAACUCAACUUCAGUGGAGGUUCAAGUGAAAGAAGGUGGUCUCAAGAUUUUACAGAUAACAGACAACGGAUCUGGAAUCAACAAGGAAGAUUUGCCUAUCUUGUGUGAACGAUUCACCACCUCGAAACUGGAGAAGUUUGAGGACCUGGAUAGCAUUGCUACUUACGGCUUCCGAGGUGAAGCUCUGGCCAGUAUUUCACAUAUAGCUCAUCUUUCAGUUGUGACAAAGACAAGGGCGUCUGCUUGCGCUUGGAAGUGCACGUAUUCGGAUGGGAGGUUGGUUGCGCCCAAGCCAAAAGAGUCAUCUGAUCCCAAACCAACGGCAGGUAAAGACGGGACCCAGAUAACUGUUGAGGAUCUUUUUUUUAAUGUGCCAUCACGUCUGAGAGCCAUUCGGUCGCCCGGUGAAGAAUAUGCCAAAAUCCUGGAUGUUGUUGGCAGAUAUGCUAUUCACACCGAAGGUGUGAGUCUUUCCUGCAAAAAGAUAGGAGACACAUUCGCUUCGGUAUCUACGCGAAACUCACAGAACAUUAAGGACCGUAUCAGAGCAGUGUUUGGGGCCACUGUGGCCAAUAAUAUAAUGGAGAUUUCCAUAGCUGGCCUGGAACAGGCUGGUUUGCGCAAAUGCAUUGGUCAGAUAACGAACUCGAACUAUACCAAUAAGAAGGUGAUUGCUCCGGUAUUUUUCAUCAACGGACGGUUGGUUGCUUGUGAUCCUCUGAAACGCGCAAUUUUCGAGUUAUAUUCGGCGUUUCUUCCAAAGGGCCAAAGACCCUUCAUAUACUUAAGUCUGGAGAUAGACCCAGCCAACGUGGAUGUGAAUGUCCAUCCUACCAAAAGAGAAGUGCGAUUUCUCUAUGAGGAGGAAAUAUUCCAGCAUAUAUGUUCCUCGAUACAAGAAAAGCUGUCUGGCCUGGAUUCGACCAGGACUUUCCUGACGCAGCAGGUGUUGCAUAACUCGAAACGUCAGGGAUCUGAUAUCAGUGAGAUCGUGGACCAGCCGACAAGAGUCCGUUCGAUAUCGCAGCUUCAAGAGUUCAAGAGGAGAGAUAACAAACUGGUGAGAACAGAUGAGUCUCAGGAGAAGAUCACUUCCUUCCUGAACCGAUCGCAGGUAAACUCGCAGGUGAGCUCGAGGUUGAAUAGGCGUGGUGAUACUAACAUCGACCAAUCUUCAAUAGACCUGGUGGAGGGCGUGAUAGAAGUUUCGGAGGCUGAUGUUUUGCCAACAACCGAUCUCUUGGUUAAUGACAGAGAGAGAAUAGGUGUAAAGCUCACCAGUGUGAUGGAGUUACGAAAAGAGGUGGAGUCCAAGACUCACUCCGAAUUGACGGAAAUGUUUUCCAAACAUACCUUCGUUGGUGUUGUGGAUGAAUACAGACGAUUACUUUGCGUCCAAUACGAUGUGAAGCUUUUUUUGGUAGAUUAUGCUGCAGUGUGCAAUGAUCUUUUUUACCAGAUUGGACUGUCUGAUUUUAACAAUUUUGGGAGAAUCUUGCUUCAGUCCGAGACAGAUUUGGAUAUACGAAGUCUUCUAGCUAAAGUCUACAAUGAUACCCAUCUUUUGGAGAUUUCUAAGCUAAAGCAGUUGCCAGAUAUCGAAGAUAUCAUAUCGGUGCUAGUCAAAAUGACCGAUAUGUUGAAAGAGUACUUCUCCAUCUCAUUGGACACAUCUGAUCCCAACAACCCUAAGCUAUUGACUUUGCCGCUUCUUCUCAAAGGUUACGUUCCUCCACUAAGCAAGCUACCUCUAUUCUUCUUCAGAAUCGGCACAAAAGUGGACUGGUCCAAUGAAAAGGAGUGCCUCUCCGGUAUUCUCAAGCAAAUUGCUCUUCUCUAUAUUCCUGAAUCACUGCCUCUCAUAGAGGAUGUGCCCGAGGAAAGUCGCGAGGAGAUUACCGAGAAGCACAAAACCGUAUCUAGUUUGUUGGAGGAUGUGGUAUUUCCAGUGGUCAAAAGAAGGUUCUUGGCUACCACGGACUCUACACGCGAUGUUGUUGAAAUUGCAAAUCUUCCUGGUCUCUACAAGGUGUUCGAGAGAUGCUGA